GGAGAUUAUUCUUCCCUAUAAUGAGACGGCAUUGGUGUCUCUGUCUGGGAAACAUAAAACGCAAAUGGGCGGCAAGAACCUUUACGCAAUUACGUCCGUGAUCCUUGUCUUGUUCUUCCUAAGUAUUUUUCUCUUCUCCAAACGCAGUCUAGAGCCUUCUAUCUCUUUUCACGGGGACUUGUUCCCUCUCACAGUCCUUGUUAAGUCACCUGAGUCCGACUUUGACCCGGGCUCCGUACCACUCAGCCCAUCAACAAAUGCGACCAUAUCUUUAAUUACUACUCAAACUUCUGAGAAACCGGAAAUUGAGUCCUUUGAGAAUGUUAACCCACCAACAGAAGAUUCCAUUACUUGGACUUCUGCUAAAAAUGAGAGUGGUUUGGCUAGUGAGUUUGAGAAACUUCACAUUUGUAAUUUUUAUAUGGGGAGUUGGGUGAGAGACGAAGAGUAUCCAAUUUAUAGACCAGGUUCGUGCCCCUAUGUAGACGAAGCAUAUGAUUGCCAAACCAAUGGACGGCAAGAUUCCUCAUAUCUCAGAUGGCGAUGGAAGCCUGAUGCUUGUGAUCUUCCUAGGUUUAAUGCGACAGACUUUUUGGAGAGACUGAGAAGUAAAAGGCUAAUGCUUGUUGGAGAUUCCAUGAAUCGAAAUCAGUUUGAGUCACUAUUAUGCCUCCUCCGUGAAGGCCUGGCUGAUAAGAGCAGAAUGUAUGAGAUCCAUGGCUACAAAAUAACAAAGGGAAGGGGAUACUAUGUAUUCAAAUUUCUGGACUAUAAUUGUACUGUGGAAUUUGUGAGAUCACAUUUCCUUGUGAAGGAAGGUACCCGCCUGAAUAACUAUGGCAGUUCAAAUCCAACUCUGUCAAUUGAUCAAAUUGACAAGACAGCCAACCGAUGGAAGCAGGCUGACAUUCUUGUGUUUAAUACUGGCCACUGGUGGGUUCAUGGAAAGACAGCCCGGGGGAAAAACUACUAUAAAGAAGGUGAUUAUUUGUAUCCAAAGUUUGAUGCAGUCGAAGCUUACCGAAGGGCUUUGAAGACCUGGGCAAAAUGGAUUGAUAGUAACAUAAAACCAUCAAAUCAGUUGGUUUUUUAUCGUGGAUACUCUUCUGCUCAUUUCAGAGGUGGAGAUUGGGACUCAGGUGGUUCGUGCAAGGGAGAAACCGAUCCAAUAUUGAGUGGAGCCAUCCUGGAAUCGUAUCCUUUGAAAAUGAAGAUAGUGGAGGAAGUGAUUCAACAAAUGCAAGUUCCAGUGAUUCUAUUAAACGUCACAAGGUUGACCAAUUUUCGCAAGGAUGGUCAUCCCUCUAUCUAUGGCAAGACAAAACGUCAAGACUGUAGCCAUUGGUGUCUUCCAGGGAUUCCUGAUGCUUGGAAUGAACUUAUUUAUGCCACACUGCUUUCCCAACAAACAAUUCCUGGUAAAAGUUAAUUUGUGUUGUAGAAUAGCUUUUUCUCUGACAAUUAUUUUUAAAUAUAAUGAAAUUGCCCAAUCAGUUGUUUAGAAAUUACAUGGGUUUGUGAUUUUCCUCUUAUGGUAAUAAUAUAUUUGUCAAAAUGUCUUCACAUA